AAUUCAGUGCGAACAUUCUCGCAUGAAUAUUUACAUAAACGAGGUGUAGAUUCAUCAAAAUGUUUGAAAGUGUAGUAGGUGUUUAAUUAUAUUUUAAAUAUUGCCGGUUUUUUUAUCUUACCAUAACAGGCGUCAUAGUGUGCGCAGUUAUUUCACAAGCUUAUCAAAUUGUUCUUAAUUUUUAUUAGCAAUGGAGGUGGAGCUUCCUUUUAAAACAGAGUACGCCAAAUCUGGUAGAGCAAGUUGCAAAGGAUGUAAAGGUAAUAUAAGUCAAGGAUCACUUAGGAUUGCUGCAAUGAUCCAGUCGGCUUUCCAUGAUGGGAAAUCUCCAAACUGGUUUCACGCGAGCUGUUUUUUUAAAAAACAAAGGCCGCAAUCAGUGGGUGAUAUAGAAAAUUUUGAAAAUCUACGAUUUGAAGAUCAAGAGCUUAUACGUAAACGAAUUGAGGAGUCAGUGUCCGUCGUCGAAGCAAAAGGUUCUACAAAAAAAGGUGGUAAAAAACGUUCAAAUGGAGAAGUAGAAGUUUUGAAAGAUUUUGGUGUAGAACACGCUAAGUCUGGCAGAGCUAUGUGUCGUGGUUGUGAGCAAAAAAUAACGAAAGGCCAGAUAAGGGUUAAAAAAACUGUUUAUGAUACGGAAGUUGGAAUGAAAUAUGGUGGUCAAGCACUGUGGCAUCAUUUAGAAUGUUUUGCUUCGUUACGUGCGGACUUAGGUUGGUUUGCUAGUGGUGAGCAACUUCCUGGUUUUAAAGCAUUAGAAGCUGAUGCAAAAGAUGAAGUUAAGAAAAUAUUACC